UAUGUUGUAAUUGUGAUAUCUGCCUCAAAAUAUCUCAUCUCAGAUUAAAUUGACAUCAUUAAAUUGUUUAUGAAUAUUUUUUAUAAUAUAAUUUUUACGAAUUUAAGCGAGAUUUGUUAUUGCGUCAUCCAAAAUGUGCAUCCCCAGUACGCAUCCGCGUCAUGUCAUUGAUUAAAAUUUUAGACCCACAGUCGUCGGAACCUGCCGAUAGUAACGGCAGAUGCGUUUAAUUCAGGUUUAAAUACUCAAAAUUCUUUUAGAUUUAUAUUAACUGGUGCUUAUAUAUUGAAUUUAAAUAAUAAAAAGUUCACCAUGACACAGAAGCAGGAAAAGCCGAGGUGCUGCAACUACACCUUAAAACACGGUUGUGUGUUGCUGGGGAGUUUGAAUGCGCUUAUAUCAUUCGUGCUUUUGGCAAUAAUGAUCUAUCUGAUGAUAAUGUUCUCUGUGUUUAACAAUGGUGCCAAUGAUAAAGAUCCCGGGCAGAGGGUUCAUCCUAUCUUUGUGUUAUCACUGUUAGUGAUUUUCAUUCUCAUGAUAAAGCUGUCCUUGGACGUUCUUUUCAUUUACGCUGUCGUUAAGAAACACGCCAACGUCGUCAGAGUGUAUUUCUUUGUGUCCAUAACGAUCUGCGUUUUGAUAACGAUCUUUGUAACCUAUGAAAGUCUUGUAAGCGGCAUGGUCGGAGCCUCUUUGGUGGAAUUGAUGUUUUAUAGUCUCGAUAUUAUCACGAUAUUCCUAAGUUACUUUUACAGCGAAGAACUAAAAGAUAAAGUAAAGGAUGAAGUCUAAACGAAGUCUUUUUUCCGAAUGAGAUGUCAAUGAUCACGUGAAUAUUCCAAACGGUUUUAAGAAUUAGAUUAUCAAUAGAUUUAGAGGAAAUUUAGUAAUUAAUGUAUGUUGUUAGUAGACGAAACUAAUGAAAAGUUACGUGAUAGAGAAGAAAUAUUUAUUAAAAAAAAUAUAUAUAGUAUACAAAUUAAUAGAAUAUAUUUUUGAAUUUCGUUGUGAAGAUGAAAUUAUAAAAUAAAAAUAUAUAUAUAUAUUUAUGUGGGCUCUUUAAUAUGAAAAAUAUUAUACUUUGAUGGAUAAAUGUAUUUUUAUAGGCUACUACAACUUUUACUCUUUGAUGUCAUAGUUCUCUUCCUGUGGCAGGACGUGUGUUUUGCCAUUUGCCAAUAUCGUUAACCAAGUAAAAAACCUUUGUGCGUGACUUGUAUCAACUGUUCCGGAUUUGUGUUCUGAUUUAUAACAAUUUGUUUUAUAUUAUAACUUUACCUACAUUACUUUUAAUGUAUCUUUCGAUGUCUGUUGAUGAAAAUCUUAUAAAUGUAUUAUAUUAUGAUGGAAUUUAAUAAAGUUUUACGUCUUA